AUGAAAUUAUUUCUCCAAGGCACCGCAGUCCUCGCCCUUCUCAUUGCCAAGGCUUCAGCCGCACAGAGUGGUUUUUUCGCUGCAAAUGGCGUCGAGCUCGAGGUUUACCAAUUUGGCGAGGAUACCAUCAUCGGAGAGCCACAAAGCAUGGUGCAGGCCAGAGAUCUUGAGGGCCGAGACACCAACGCGUGCACCAAGUGUGUGGGCCACCAUGGAAGUUGCGUUGUAGGAGAGGGGAACUGCUAUGCCCCUGAUAUGUGUGGAUUCUGUGGAGGUUGUUCUGUCAACCAGGCCCGUUGCCAGAACCCCGAUAAGGAGGGUUGCCAGUGCUAUAAAUGA